AUGAACAACAUUUCGGGGGAAGAGGAUAUUCCAGAUUCUUGCAGCACACGCAGAAAACGACAACUUCGGAGAAAACAAAAAAUUCAACAGGAGAAGUUAAUGAAAUUGGACGAGCAAUACGAAAAGUGGAUCACGACCAAGCUGAGAUUUGUCGAGAAGAACAAAGGGGACUUACCCGCUCUCCAUUUCGCGGCAAGGGUGUCCGAUGUUGACGUCUGUUGGCGCCUCUUGGAGCAGGGCGCUGACUUCAACGAAAAAUGCAGCAUUUUUGGCGCCACUCCUCUGCACUACGCCGCCAUGAACGAGGCCCACGGAGAUCGUCUGAUCGAAUUCUUCUUACAUCGAAAAGUGUGCCAUUUGGAUGCAGAAGACGCUUAUCAUUUGAAGGAUCAAGAGAAGUUGUGGGAAAGCCCAUAUGAUCGUUUUGCCAUCCUUGAAGCAGCUUGCCAUUAUGCAGAUCUGGAGAUGUGCAAGUGGUUGCUGGAAGAAGUCGAAAUCGACGUCAACAAGUUUGAGGAUGAAGACUGGAAAAACCAUAUUCUGAUUGACGUUGCUGUCAACCGCAAAAACGAAGCGAGUAAGAUUCUUCAAUACUUAUUCUCAAAGUUCGAAUUCACCGCUGCUCAGCAAAGCAAUGCCUAUAGAUCGGCCUUUCUUCUUAAAUUAGGACAAGGUUCAUUCUGUGCAAAAGAAAUUGAAGAGUUAUUCAAGAGAGUUGCUGACACAAAAAUCAGAACAGAAGGCAAAAACUUGUUGCAGUAUUGUGUGUCACGCAACAGACUAGAAGCUGCGAAAUUCGUGCACGAGAUGGACGGAGAGCUCAUCAAUGAGAUCAAUGAAGACGGACUGACAAUUCUCCAUCUCGCAGCGCAGUUUGGAAGCGUCGAAAUGUGCCGGUGGCUGAUUGACGAGGGCCAAGACCUCUACGGCAUUAACAGAGUUACCCUUAGCAACUUCCUCCAUUACGCUACUCAGAACAUGAUCAAUGGAAAAGACUUCAUCAAAACAUUUGGAAAGGACUUUCUGGAAUACGUGAACCAAAUCGACAAAAACUUCUUCACUCCGCUUCAUUCUGCCAUGCUCAACGAAAGACAACCCGACAAGGUUGCAGAGGCUUUGCUCGAACUCGGUGCCGAUUUGAACGUGAAAUGGAAAGGGAACAACCUUCUUCACUUCUGCGUAAUUAACCGCAAGUUACAGAGUGCCAAAUUCGUGGACGCCAAAGACAAAAAAAUGAUCAAGCAAAGGGGAGAUGGAGGACCAUAG